UCGCCAUCUCUCCUCCUCAUCUUCUUCGUCUUCGCCGGAAUAUUCUCCCACCGACGUCUCCUCUCCCCUCCCCUUUCGUUUUCCCUUUUUUGUUGUCAAUUAGGGUCCAAUUACCUCUAAAGAUUCAAUCUUUACACAGAAUCUGUGAAAAAAGAGCUGAUUUUGGGGGACUUAUGUGUUCAAAUUUGCAGAUCUGAAAUCUGGUUUUGAAAUUUGAUUUCUGGGUUUUGGGAUUUGUUCGGAAAAGCUUCGAUAGAUGUCGACGUCUUCCACGUAUUGGUGUUACAGUUGCAAUAGGUUCGUGAGAGUGGCGAGCCAGGAUUCAAUUUCGUGCCCCGAUUGCGACAGCGGAUUUAUCGAGGAGGUUGAUUCGCCGCCGCCGCGAUCCUCCUCGCUCUCGGAAUCCCGCCGGCGACGGUUCCCCGCGGCGGCGAUGUACAUGACGCCGCAGAAUUCGGAGCAAAAUGCCGCCGGGUCUGCGGGUCCCGGGUCGAGUCCCGCGCUCCGGAGGAGCCGGAGGAAUGGGGGCGACCGGUCUCCGUUUAACCCGGUUAUCGUCCUCCGUGGCCCGUCCGACGGCGGCAGUAGCGGUGGCGCCGCCGCCGCCGGAGUCGGGUUCCAGCUUUAUUACGACGAUGGAGCCGGGUCGGGUUUACGGCCUUUACCGGCUACCAUGUCGGAGUUUCUACUCGGGUCGGGCUUCGACCGGCUUUUGGAUCAGUUAGCCCAGAUUGAGGCUAACGGCCUUGGAAGAAUCGAGAACCCACCCGCGUCAAAAGCGGCGAUAGAAUCAAUGCCGACAAUCGAGAUCGAAGAUUCCCACGUAGAUACGGAAUCUCAUUGCGCGGUUUGUAAAGAUCCCUUCGAGCUCGGAAACGAGGCUCGCGAAAUGCCCUGCAAACACUUAUACCAUUCCGAUUGCAUUCUCCCAUGGCUAUCACUCCGCAAUUCCUGCCCCGUCUGUCGAUUCGAGCUCCCAACAGACACCCGAGACUCCGGCGAGCCCAACACGACAUCCCCGACAUCAUCAAACGACCAAACCCUAAACGACGACGAAACCGUCGGGCUCACAAUCUGGAGAUUGCCGGGCGGCGGAUUCGCCGUGGGACGGUUUUCCGGCGGGAGAAGGGGCGGGGAGAGAGAGCUCCCCGUCGUGUACACUGAAAUGGACGGCGGAUUUAACAGCAAUGGAUUGCCGCGCCGGAUUUCUUGGGGGUCUAGGGUUAGUGUUUCCCGGCCGAGCAGUCGUCUGAGAAGAGCUUUCCGCAAUUUGUUUGCGUGUUUCGGCGGCGGCGUUGCCUCUUCAGCCUCCUCCACCAGCUCUGAUUCUAGGGUUACUCACAGUAGUGUAUUGCCCUCUGCAAUCCGGGCUGAUUCCAGAAGGCGCAGAGUUUGAGGUUGAAGAUGAUGAACAGAGGCUAGAAGAAGGAGAAGAAGAAGAAGAAGAAGACUGGUGAACUUUAAUGGAGAUUGUCAGAUUGCAAUGUAAAUAACAGUAUAUACAAGUAUGGCUCUCAAUGGUGGAUUUACUAGAAAUACCCACUAGUUUAAAGAGUAUAAGCUCCCCUUUUUGCACUCCUUUAGUGUGGAAGGAUUUCUUCAAAAAUGAAGAAUCCAUUUUGCCCAGAAUUGGUUCCUGUGAAGAAGAAGAAGGUACUUAGGUAUACCAAAAUGCCUUCAAGUACCAUAGUCUCUUUGAACUUUUCAGUGGCAGCAGUUAUCUUCUUUAUUUGAUUCAUUGUAGCUAGCCUUUGCUUGCUUCGCUUUUUCGAUUGCUUCGAGCUCCUAAUGGAAAAAAAUUUCUAAAGUUUCAUCCCA